CUUUACUGUUUUGUUAUGACGCUCUUUCUGUCUUGCCACAGGAUGCUAUAAAGGGCGCUCAGGCGAGCUCCAAAGUUGUGACAUGGAUGCAGUGACCUAUGAUGAUGUGCAUGUGAACUUCACUCGAGAAGAAUGGGCUUUGCUAGAUCCUUCACAGAAGAGUCUGUACAAAGAUGUGAUGCUGGAGACCUACAAGAACCUCACUGCUAUAGGCUAUAAUUGGGAAGACCAUAAUAUUGAAGAACAUUGUCAAAGUUCCAGAAGACAUGGAAGGCAUGAAGGAAGUCUUGGAGAGAAACCCUCUGAAUGUGGUAAAACCUUUGCAUGUCACAGUUAUCCUCAAAGACAUGAAGGACAUCAUACUGGAGGGAAAUCUUGCAAAUGUAAUGAAUGUGGUAAAGGCUUUGCCUCUCAUGGUCAACUUCAAAGUCAUGAAAGAAUUCACACUGGAGAGAAACCCUACAAAUGUAAUGAGUGUGGUAAAGCCUUUGCACGUCAUUUUAAUCUUCGAGUUCAUGAAAUAAUACAUACUGGAGAGAAACCCUACAAAUGCAAUCAAUGUGAUAAAGCCUAUUCACAACGCAGUCAUCUCCAAAGACAUAAAAUCACACAUACUGGAGAGAAACCUUACGUAUGUAAACGAUGUGGUAAAGCCUAUAUAUACCGUUCUGAACUUCAACGUCAUGAAAAAGUUCAUAUUGGAGAGAAACCCUACAAAUGUAAUCAGUGUGAUAAUGCCUUUGCACAUCAUUGUAAUCUUCAAGUUCAUGAAAUAAUACAUACUGAAGAGAAAACCAACAAAUGCAGUGAUAAAGCCUUUUCACAACACAAUACUCUCCAAAUACAUGAAAUCAUACAUACUGAAGAGAAACCCUAUGAAUGUGAUCGAUGUGGUAAAGCCUUUGCAUAUUCUAGUUGUCUUCAAAGACAUAAAAGAACACACACUGGAGAGAAACCCUAUAAAUGUAAUCAAUGCAGUAAAGCCUUUGCACAGCAUGGUCAUCUCCAAAUGCAUAUGAUGAUACAUACUGGAGAGAAACCUUACAAAUGUAAUCAAUGUGGUAAAGCCCUUGCAUCUCAUAGUUAUCUCCAAGUACAUAAAAGAACACAUACUGGAGAGAGACCCUAUGGAUGUGAUCAAUGUGGUAAAGCCUUUGCACAACAGAGUUACCUCCAAGUACAUAAAAGAACACAUACUGGAGAGAAACCCUAUAAAUGUGAUCAAUGUGAUAAAGCUUUUGCAUCUCAUAGUAAUCUUCAAGUACAUAAAAGAAAACAUACUGGAGAGAAAGCCUAUGAAUGUAAUCUAUGUGGUAAAGCCUUUGCAUAUCAUAGUUGUCUUCAAAUACAUAAAAGAAAACAUACAGGAGAGAAACCUUAUAAGUGUAAUCAGUGCAAUAAAGCCUUUGCACAACACAGUGACCUACAAGUGCAUAUAUUAACACAUACUGGAGAGAAACCUUACAAAUGUAAACAGUGCGGUAAAGCCUUUGCAUCUCAUAGUUAUCUUCAAGUACAUAAAAGAACACAUACUGGAGAGAAACCCUAUGAAUGUAAUCAAUGUGGUAAGGCCUUUGCAUAUCAUGGUCGUCUUCAAAUACAUAAAAGAACACAUACUGGAGAGAAACCCUAUGAAUGUAAUCAAUGUGGUAAAGCGUUUUCCCAAUACAGUAACCUCCAAGUACAUAAAAGAACACAUACUGGAGAGAAACCCUAUGAAUGUGAUCAAUGUGGUAAAGCCUUUGCGUAUCACAGUUAUCUCCAAGUACAUAAAAGAACACAUACAGGAGAGAAGCCCUAUGAAUGUAAUCAAUGUGGUAAAGCCUUUGCAUAUCCAGGUCAUCUUCAAAUACAUGAAAGAACACACACUGGAGAGAAACCCUAUGGAUGUAAUGAAUGUGAUAAAGCCUUUGCAGGUCAAAAUGAUCUUAAAAGACAUGAAAGAAUUCAUACUGGAGAGAAACCUUACAAAUGUAAUCAAUGUGGUAAAGCCUUUGCGUGUAACUCUAGUCUUCGAAUACAUAAAGCUACACAUACUGGAGAGAAACCCUAUGAAUGUAAGCAAUGUGGUAAAUCCUUUGUCUCUCAUGGUCAACUUCAAAAGCAUGAAAGAAUUCAUACAGGAGAGAAUCUCUACGAAUGCAAUUAGUGCAAUAAAGCCUUUGCAUCACAUAGUCAUCUCCAGCUGCAUAAAAUAACACAUAAUGGUGAGAAAUCUUACAACUAUAGUCAAUGUAAAGCCUAUUCAAGUCACCUCCAAAUAGGUGAAAGAACACAUAUUAAAGAAUAACAUCAUGGAUUUAAUCGAUGUGUAAAACCUUAUAGGUCACAGUGAUCUUCAGAGGUGUGGUGGUUUGAAUAUGCUUGGCCCAUGGCAAGUUGCCAUCUUCGGAGGUGUGGUCUUGCUGGAGUAGGUGAGACUUUCUUUGAGGAAGAGUGCUUGGGUAGACUUUGAGAACCUAUGCUUAAGCUCCACCGAGGGCAGAUUUCUCCUCCUGGCUGCUUUCUGAUCAAGAUGUAGAACUCCGCUCCUCCCACACCAUAUCUGCUUGGACACUGCCAUUCUUUCUGCCAUGAUGAUAAUAGACUGAAACUCUGAUCUGUACACUACCCCCAAUUAACUAUUGUCCUUUAUGAGAGCUGCCUUGGUCAUGGUAUCAUUUCACACCAAUAAAACUCAAA